UUUCUUCCAACCGGAAUUUCCCGAUGUGACUUUACAUUAGCUGUGAUACAGAAGAUGAAAUCGCCCACUUCCACAUCUCCAUUGCCUUGAACAUAUUUGAAAAUCUCAUAAGUUUUACUAUUUUAGUAAAAUAAUAAUAUAACCAUUGCAUAAUGUCUGAGCACUCAAAGAGACAAUUAAAAAACUUAAUCGAGCAGCUGGAGGAAUGUUGUGUUUUUUUACAGAGUGGAUUCAGUGAUUUUGUUGAACAGGUUAAACGGCGAACGUCUGAUUGUUUACAGAACAACAUGGCAUUUAAGGAGGCGAUUGCGGUGGCCUCAACAGCACACAGCACUCUGCUAGAACAUAUGGAUAUGUUAACUGAAUCCAAAAAGAUGUACCCUCGCCAAGAGAUGACAAAAGAAAAGAUGACAACAGAAAUGUUGUAUGCGAAAUCAACACAAGGCGAAAAGGUUACAGAAGGCACAAAUUCUGAUUUACUGAGUCGACUUGAACACAUUGAAACAGCAUUUGCUGCUCUCCAAGACAUAAAACAAAAAACUGAGGACAACAUAGAAGAGCUAAAACAAUGGAGAGACAACUCUGUAACAAAACAUAAUGACUUGGAGAUAAACAUUGAAAAAUUGUCUAAGAAGCAAAAACUGAAUUUUAAAAACAUGAAAAAGCAAUUAAAUGAUCAGGAUAAAAAAAUAAUGGAAAUUAAUAAAGUAAUUGAAAAUUUAAAACAAAGACAAUCCAGUACUGCAGAAAGACAAGAGAAAAUGUCUCUAGAUAUAAAAGAGCAUGAAACUGACUUUGAAAAGUUAAAUCAAAAUGUUCAAGAUCUAACAGACAGUUUUACACAACAAAUAAAAGAACAUUCUGAUUUAAUCUAUGAUUUACAAGAAAAAGAGAAAAAUAUAGAACACAAAUUUGACAAUUUAAUUUCUAAGCAAGCCGUGAUGUGUAAAGUUCUACAACAAAGGUUGUCUCCCAUUGACAAAUUUCUUCAAAUGUUUAACUAGGAUUCUGAGAGCAGGGAUGAAAAACUAAAGAAAGUUAAUAUUCUUGAAAAGGAUGUUUUAAAGUUAUCACAGGACUUUCAUACACUAGCCAAUCAGCAAGUGAGACAUUCUACACUAGGUUUUGUUGCUUCAGGUGAUCCGGUGGUAGUCGAAAGUAAAGGUGUCGGAUGUAUUGUAUCUUACAAAAAAGUAAACCUAAACAUAGGAAACCAUUUUGAUCCAAAAAGUGGAAGGUUUACCGCCCCUGUUGAUGGCCUGUAUAUCGUAAGCCUUAGAAUAAGACAAAAGGGCUGUGUGGGCGUGACAGGCUGUAUAAAGCAUGUAUUUGGAGAUGAGGAAUCAUGGAUCGGUCGUGUUGACACAAAAGAUGUAUUACACGAAGAAUCAAGUAUAACUUUGGUUUGGAUGAAACCUGGAGAUGUAAUAUAUUCAUAUUGUUUUGGUAAUGGUUUUAACUGUACACAUUGUUCUUGUUUUCUCAUUGGAAUCUAGUUAAGAUUAUAAAAGCUGACAGAAUUUAUUUAGUAUUUUGUUUUAAAUUA